CAGGGUUGAGAGACAUUGAAAGGCAAGCAAUACCCGAGGGGACUCGGCGGUUUCCCGGGCUCAUCUAGAGACUGGGGUCGGGCCUCUCAUCUGCUUUUUCCUUGCAACCUGAGGAAGGGUCAGAAGGCACAGCUCAAUCUAAGUUGAGAGGGAGGUCGGUGGAUCAAAGAGACUUCAGAGUCCGGGUCCACGAGACAGCACCAGAUGGCAGCUGAUGCCCUGUCUUCAGGCUCCGCCCCCCCCAACAUAAUAACAUCGUGCUAAUCCCUGACAUGUGUGCAAAGCCUUGGUUGAUGUCAUUUUCAGCCUACAGAUAUUGAGGGUCUUAAACCCCAUUUCAUGGAAGGGAAAACUGAGACCCAGAGAGACAUAGCUUACUGGAGAACUCAGCCAAUUAGAGUCACACUCUAUGAGUGACAGGUUCCUUAGCUGGGGGCAAAUGCUUAGUACAAGCUCAGUUCAAUUAACCAGCUAUAUAUCCAUCUACUGGGGACCCUAUCUUGGGCUCAGCACCAAGCCAAUUUGAUAGAAUGUUUCAGUCUCCCCGAUUCUGGACAUUUUUCCAGGAGGUCCGUAAAGAUUGAGUCGGUUUCAAGGCGACCUUCUCUGCCUUCUCUCUAUCUUAGAACCCAAUAAAUUGCUGUCUCCCAGCUGUUUUGACCACAGAACGGUGAGUCACUAGUUGCCUGCCUCCGGUGUCUCCCGGGCAGAUGUUGUUGAGAAUGAGUUGGGAGUUCCCUUUAUUGGCCUCUCAUCACCUUGUCAGAUCCCAAGCUGUCAGCUAGGAGGAACCAGACCUUCCCUAGCACUAGUGCUGUCUGGAGAGUCUUCUUCCAGAGGAUCAGAAUGUUCCUUUCUUUCCAAGUUUUCGCACUGCCAUAGGGCGCCCCCUUGAGGUUGCUUCACCCGCUGACCAUGUUCCAGCGCUUUACCAGCCUUUUCUUCAGCACUCCUUCGCCUCCUGAAGACUCCAACUGUCCUGGGGCCUUCGUCUCAGAGGAGGAUGAAGUGGAUGGCUGGCUCAUCAUUGGCCUGCAGGAGGGGCCCGGUCUUGGGCCCGCACGCCUCCAGAGCAACCCCCUGGAGGACCUCCUCAUUGAACAUCCCAGCAUGUCCGUUUAUGUCACCGGCAGCACCAUAGUGCUGGAGUCUGGGCCGCCCUCCCCUCACCCUGAUGCUGUCUUGCCUGAGGAGGAUCUCAGUGAUGGAGAGUUGGCGCCUGCCCGCCGGGAGCCCAGGGCUCUGCACCAUGCAGCAGCUGCUGCUUUGCCUGCGCGAGCGGCGCUGCUGGAGAAGGCUGGCCAGGUGCGGAGGCUGCAGAGGGCCCGGCAGCGGGCAGAGCGCCACGCCUUGAGUGCUAAAGUGCUGCAACGGCAGAAUCGCGCCCGGGAAAGUCGUUCACGGAAGCCCAAGCACCAGGGCAGCUUCAUUUACCAGCCGUGCCAGCGCCAGUUCAACUACUGAGCGCCCCUGCUGCACCUCGAGUCCCGUGCAGUCUCCUGGUCCCGUCUACCUCCUCUGCAGCAGCCAGUGUGUUGCUCGAGGAGUGUCCAGGGUCCGCCUGCCUCCAUCUGGGUACCACAACUUCCCUCCUUCCUAAGUGUCUGAGGUGGGAUGAUGGCCCUCUACUCCCCCGAUUUCUCAGUGUCUGAACUUCUAAUUCACCCGCUAACUUCUUUCAUCCAGGGUCACCCUUCCCAUCUCCGUUUCUAAUUCUUCACCAUCACACUCCCCACUCCUAUUUUCCCAAGCUCCCUUUUCAGACCCCGAUUCUUGUCAUCUGGCUUCUUCACUUUGCCCUCCUAACCCAGCGAUUUCUAAGACCCUCUCCCACCAAGACCUGGCACACUCUCCAACUUUCAGCUCCUACUUUCCAAGACUUACUCUUUUCCAUGCGGCAUUGCUCCUGCUCCUGUUCCCCUUUUUCAUUCCUGGCAAUUCCCUCCCAGUCCUGACCAGGUACAGCCGGCCACGCUUGGGCCAUUGUUCUUACCCUGUAGUCAGGUGUCAGGCUCAGGGUUUUGAUUUUAGUUUUCCCCCUUUCUCUGCCCUGGGGGCUGAGCUCCUUGGAGCUGCUUAGGCCUGGAAAGUUUAAGUAUGUGGAGGACAGUGAGUUGUAAGUUAGAUGAGGAGAGGGGAACGGAGGGAAAGCGGGCAGCCUAUUGGGAAAUGCAGACAGGGACAGGUGGGUUGAGACACAGUAGGGAGCAGGGUAUUGUGAGAGCUGGCACUGUGCUUGGUCAGAGGAGCUAAGCCCUGGUCUUAGGCUUGAGCCUGGAGUCUGCCCCCAUUUCCUUUUCCUGUAAUCCUGCCUUCCAGGGUUUCCUGAAAUCUGUCCCUGUUCCCCAGCAUCUCUCCCCCCCCCCCCCCCCCC